GAUUUUUAAACAAAUUUCAACUAAAAAUAACCAUUCUAUUUUACCGGUUAGCCUUUUCAAAAUUUUUAAAGACAAAAUCGAGAUUCGUAAUUGUCACGUGUUUUAUAAAAUCCCCCAGACAGACAGACAUGCGCAGGAGGUUUGGGGUUUAAAAUAUGCUGUGUAAAACUUAAAGGAAUCAAAUAUAUUAGAAAUGGAAAACGAAAUUAAUGAAGAAGAUCUUGCGAACCAAAUAGAAGAAACAGAUCUUGAUGACGUUGAAAUUGACGAUGAGCAUGAGGCUUACGAUAACUCGGAUGUUAUUUUCACACAACAUAAAGGUUCAGUGUUCGUUGUGAAUGUCGAUCCAAAGUUCGGAAAAUAUGCUGUGUCAGGCGGGGAAGAUGACACAGCGUUUGUGUGGGAGAUUAAAAGCGGGGACGUGAUGUUUCAAUGCGAAGGUUACACAGACAGUGUGACCUGCGCACGUUUCAACCACGAUUCAACCAUGGUAGCUGUGGGGGAUAUGGCCGGUAAUGUAAAGGUUUGGAAUCUUGAAUCUAAACAAGUUGUUUGGUCGUUUGAAACAUCAGAUCUUGAGUGGUUGCUAUGGCACCCGGGUGCUCCAGUGUUAUUGGCUGGAACUCAUGACGGCGAAUGUUGGAUGUGGAAAAUACCAAGCGGGGAUUGCAAAACAUUUCCUAGCCCUGGUUCGUCAUGCAAUUGUGGAGUUAUCCUGCCUGGUGGAAAGUUGGCAUGCUUUGGUUAUGCUGAUGGUUCUACAAGGGUCAUUGAACUUAAAACAGGGGAAGUACAAUCUACGUUGGCUAAAGGACAGAAGUCUCAUCCAAGCUGUGUGAAUCACCUAGCAAGCGAUAAUGAUGGUCAUAUAGUGUUGGCGGGGUGUGUUAACGGGAUGGUGAAACUGAUUAAUGCAACCACGGGCAAGGUAUCAUCAUCAUACACAGUUAUUGAUGAGAAAAGUGAUGAAGAAAUAGAGAACAGCGUUGAAUGCGUUGGUUUCUCAUCUAUGUUACCGCUUGCAGCGUCCGCAUCAUUAAACAACAAACUUACAAUCUGGGAUUUAAAAUCUUCCAAACCGAGACAUAAAUGUCCGCACCCAGCUGGUGUUAGUGUGAUGUCAUGGAACAACCGCGGUAGUUCGAUAUACACCGGGUGUUUGGAUGGUGUGUGUAGGUUGUGGGGAGCCAGAGGGGGAGAGGUGGAGGACACGUUCGUUGGACACCAGGGGGAAAUAUAUGAUAUUGCUGUUACAUCAAACGAUGAUUACUUUUUAUCAGCAUCUGCAGACGGCAGUGUACGAGUGUAUGCAACAUCACAUGAUGGCACCACGUGACAUUGUAAAUGUGAAUAAACAUGGCGCGUCUUACAGUUAAUAAAAUAUUGUGCAUAAGAGUUAAACAUCAAAUAUAAAACUGAA